UAUGAGUCAGGAAGCUCGUCCUUUACCGAACUUCACACACCAGCUACAAUAUAUUUUAAGAUUUCUACCUGUUUUUUUUUCACGACACUGACAGCAUCAUGACAGUGUUUGGAAACUGUACUGUGGUGUUUGAUGUGAAGAAUGUGCCUUUUAAAGAGAAGCAGAAGCUGAAAUCAGCUCUUCUGGAGAAUGGAGGAAACAUCUCCUAUAUCAUCACCAAAGAGUGCUCUUUUGUGGUCACCAGCAGUGUGAAUGACCUGAGCAGCAACCGGCAGCGCAGCAUCCAGAAGCUCCAGAUCCCGGUGGUUGGGACGCAGUAUGUGUGGAGGUGUCUGGAUGAAGGACAUCUUCUGCCUUUGAGGGAGCAUAAUUUGGCCCCACAGCUGUCAUAUCCUGGCUCUAAAUCCCUCCCUUGUCCCGGGGUUUUAGUGUCAACUCAGACACUAGAAUUACAGAAGUUCAAAGGUCAUUCUGAAGACCAAACUGACGUUAAGAUCCCUAAGAAAGGUGGAAGUUUCAGAGUGUACAAAGAAGGUGACAGUGACCUGCCUGAAUUUCCCUCAUAUUUUCAUGUGGCCAAGUAUUCAGUUUUUAAGAGGGUCAAACCCAAGACUUUGUCUGUUUUGGAGCUGCAGAGUGUCAAUGGACGAGCAGGCCAGCAGUAUCGUGUGCUGUGUUCAGUGUUGUGUGAAGCUGAGACUGCAGUGGUCCAGGACAAGCUUGUUUUCUGUGAGACGUCUGAAGAUGCUGUGGAAGCUUAUCUGAUGCUGAUGAAGGACAUGGAGACUCAGGGAUUCACAAAGACACACACACUUCCUGCUGAGGUUGAGCGCUUGGCAUCUUACAGCCUGCAGCAGCUUCUGCUGGAGGAGAGACUGAACUGCAGCACAUUAUCAAAGGAAGUUGGUGUCUUCAUGGAGCUGAUUUGGACUGAAGCUCUCGGUUCUCUUAAUAACAUCCUGACAGUCCCCGUGUCCAGAAUCAGCCUCAAUGAUGUGAGCAGGGUGGAAGGAUUGUUACUGCAGGCACAAAAGACUCAGAACGAGGAUGAAGCCAAAGCCCUGCUAGAGGAGGUCAACACACUCCUGCCCCUCAGAAUGAUCGACCCUUCGUCCAAACACAAGCUUGUGUCUCAGAAACUAGACCUUUGUCAGCUGAUCAGAGAUAUUGUGAAUGUUAGUGAAGCCACUCUGGGAAGCCCGUCACCAUCGUCUCUGGGAAAGUAUCGAGCUCUGAGGUGCAGCAUUGAUUUUGUUCCUCCAGAAAACCCUGAGUUUCAUGCAGUUUCUAAACUGCUUCAGGACAGGCCUGUUCAGAUUCAGCAGAUUCUGCGCGUCAGCAGAGGGGUGGAGCUUCAGAUGUUUAGGGAGGAGUUAGGCAACAUUAAACCCCUCCUCCACUCCACUAGUCCCAGUAGUUUGGUUGGAAUACUGUCACGAGGUCUGCUGCUGCCCAUGGUUGGAGUGAAACUGCAUGGAAUUGAGCGGACGGAUAUCGGGAAUCUUGGAGGAGGAAUCUACUUCAGUGACUCUCUAAAGACCAGUGUGAAAUACUCCAAGCCCAGUGUAACUGACGGCUCUCGGCUGCUGUUGGUGUGUGAAGUGGCGUUGGGUCGGUGCAAAGACCUGCUGAAGAAAGACACCAGUUUGACUUGUGCUCCUGACGGCUUCCACAGCGUACAUGGAGUCUGCUGCUCACACAUCAGAUUCUCUGAGUUUGAGGACGAUGAGUUUGUGGUGUUUAACACAGAGCAGAUCAGACUGAAGUAUGUGGUGCAGUUCACUCUGGAGGAGGACGAGUUAAAAGACUUCCAGCCUCAAAUCAGUACCUUUGUGGAGCUCUCAGACGCACCGACUGACGUCUUGUCCAGUGAUGACAGUGAGGGUUUUAAGUCCACUAAGAAUCCUCUGGAGAAGAUGAAUGCAGGUUUGCUGGACAGCAGUGGUCAGAAACUUCCUCUACAGGCUGUCAAUGUGAAGUGCAAACUGAUGGAUCUUCUGUGUCAGGCCAUCAUUUUUCAGACCUACACAAACCAGAGUGCUGUUCCCAUUGAAGCAAAGUUUGUCUUUCCACUGGAGGAGACGGCAGCAGUGUGUGGAUUUGAAGCCUUUAUCAAUGGAAAACACGUCAUUGGAAAGGUAAAGGAAAAAGAGCAGGCCCGUAAGGAGUACAAGCAAGCUAUAGAGAAAGGUCAUGGAGCCUACCUGAUGGACCAGGAUGCACCUGAUGUGUUUACUAUCAGCGUGGGGAAUCUUCCUCCUGGAGCCUCAGUUUUGAUCAAGGUGACGUUCAUCACUGAGCUGGUGGUGAGAUCGGGCUCUAUAGUCUUCUCACUGUCUGGCAGCGUGGCACCAUGGCAAGAGAGCGCCGCCCUUAACCAGACAACCCAGACAACUGUUGAAAAGAUUGGCCUGUCGGAGUCAAAGGGGGAGUUUUCUCUGUCUAUGUCCAUUGAAAUGCCUUAUGAGAUCAUCAACUUAAACUGUUCACACCGCAUCAAACCAAGUACUAAUGUCUUCCCUGUUCAGAUGACAGACUGUAAGGCCGUGAUCAGCACGUUACCAGGACAGAGUCUUGGACCUGACGGGUUACAGGUGUCCUUCAGUCUUUCUAAUAUCCACAUGCCCAGGAUGUGGGUCGAGAACCAUCCAGAUAAAGACAGUCAGGCCUGCAUGCUGGUGUUUUAUCCAGACUUCAAGUCAAGCGGUUUGUCUCUUUCUGGAGGAUCGUCCAGUGUGAGCGAUGUGGUCAUUCUGCUGGACUCCUCCAAGUCUAUGCAGGGAGAAGCGAUGCUGAACGCCCGCAGGAUUGCCCUUCAAGUGCUCAAAUCUCUGGACCGCUCACUGAAGAUCAACAUCAUCUCUUUCAGCACUGAUUACAAGGAAGCUUUUCCUGCACCGGUGCCCUUAAAUGAGGCGUCUGAAGCCGCCAGGAAGUUUAUUAUGUCGUGUAGCGGCGCUGGUGGCAGCACUGAUCUGUGGCGUCCUCUCCGGAGCCUAAGCCUGCUGCCGCCCUGCCGGGGCAUGAGGAACGUCCUGCUGCUGUCUGAUGGACACGUUCAGAACCAGCCUGUGACCUUACAACUGGUCAGAGAAAACUCCUGCCACACGCGCCUCUUCACCUGUGGACUCAGCUUGACCGCUAAUGGCCAUAUGCUCAGAGCUUUGGCUCAGGCAGGUGGAGGAACAUAUGAGUUUUUUGACACAAAGAUGAAACACACUUGGGCAGAAAAGGUGCGCGCUCAGGUUCAGCGUAUGGAAUCUCCAGGCUGCAAAUCAGUGGCAGUGAAGUGGCAGCAGUUUAAUCCCAGAGCGCCUCCUCCUGUUCAAGCUCCCUCACAGCUUCAUGCGCUCUUCAGUGACUGGCACACUCUCAUAUACGGCUUUGUGCCGCACUGCACUCAGGCCACAUUGUUUGGUGAUUUGAGUGGGCAGGAGAUCGAAACAAUGGUUUCCAUCACAGAACUACAGAAGACGAAGGGAACUUUCCUUCACAAGUUAACAGCAAGAGCGAUCAUCAGAGACUAUGAAGAUGGCAUUCUAGGCGACAGUGAGGCAAAACAUGAGGAGAAGAAAGCAGAGCUGAAGUCCUUCAUCAUUGAGCUCAGUAAAGAGUUCUCCAUCUUGUCUCAGUUUACAAGCUUUGUCGCCAUCGAAGAGCGGGAGCCGAAUGAGCUUGAUACUGGAUUCACAGAUAUCCCUAAACUCAUAUCAGAGGAGGGUGUGGACAUUCUGCCGUAUAUGGACUGGAGUGAAGCUGCUGGUGCUGAAGAUGAUGAAUGGAUGAAUUCAGAGGAAGCAAUGGAUUAUGAUGGAUACUGGGAGUGCACUGGCAGGAUGAGCAGAUUUUUCAGCCUCGACGUCGACUUUUUUGCCAACGUCUUCCUUAAGGAGAAAGGCAUCCAAUCUUUAGGUGUGACGGCUCAUGCUGAUAUUCUGAGGCUGCUGGCGACUCUGCUGGUGCUUCAGCUGAUCCGGGUUGAAGAAGCUGGCGGUGUGGGACGGCUGCUGGAGUCUCUCCUCCGGCUCAAAGAGUCCCAGGAGCCCAGGGCGGUGAAGAGGGCCGUCGACUGGGCCUGCCAGACAGAUAGACAGUAUCCGUGUGUGUGCAGCAGGCUGGAGAUCGGCAGGGAUUGGGAAUCAUCCACACGUCUGCUACUGGGCUGUGAUUCUCCACACCCGUAUUCCCCUCUCAAACCUGUUCUGGAGAGACGGAUGGGUUUUUCAGUCGUGUAGAAACUGGACACACAGUUUUUUUUACAGUUUAAAUUUACUGUUGCUGCGUUAUGUACUGCAAAACAAUUAUCUUUAUCACCUUAAAGUGUUUCAAAGAUAUAUCUGUACACUUUUUGGACAGGAGUGAUAUGACUGAGUUUCAUUGCAUCAGAUAAAGACUGGGUC